AUGGUCAACAAAGUCCUCGGCGCCUAUGUGGCUGCCGACGCCCUCUUCGUGGCCACCGGUGCCAUCCUCGUCGGCUUCUCUGUCAUUGUACAGAAUAUCAUGUUCGAGGUGCCGACCGAAGGCUCACAGGCAGUCAGGAACCUGCUGUAUCAGCAGUUCCCACUAACAGCUGGCAUCGUCAAUGGCGUAAUGGUGUUCGUCACAUUUGCGUUAACGCUGCCUGCUAUUGCCAUGCCCACCCGCGGCUGGCUCAAGCUUUCGGGAUAUAUGCUCGUUGUCAACGCUGUCUUCUCCGUUAUUCUGGGUCUUUACCUUUGGAUCCUCACGUUGCGGACGAAAGAAUCGCUCGCCCCGUUGUGGGCUCAACAGCAACCCCGUGUCCAGGACUUGAUGCAAACAACUUUCGCAUGCUGUGGCUUCUUCAACAGCACGUCCCCCGCCUUCGUCACCGAUGCGACAUGUCCGUCCCCAGCGGCCGCCUCCCUGAUGAGGGGCUGUGCCGCCCCAUUGAGCAGUUUCGCCAACGUCUUCGUCGACAACAUCUUCACCGCCGUGUUUGGCAUGGCCGGUAUCGACGGCUUAUUCAUCCUGGCCACGGCCUGUCUGCUCAAGGACCGCAAGGAGCGCGAGCGAUUCCGAUACAUCGACUCCAAGACCCAGCCGUCGACAUUCUAA